CUGUUCCGCCACGCUCGGCGUGGGCCGCGGUGGGACCCGUAGGUACCCGGCCGUGCGUGCACUCGCCGUGUGACCCGGAAGGGAGCUCUGAGGAGGCGGGGCCAGGACGGCGGGACCAGCUGCUGGGUCCCGGCGAGGGCUGAGCCGGGCGGUGGGAGGAGGUCAGGAUGGUGGGGGAACGGCAUGCUGGGGACCUCAUGGUGCCCUUAGGGCCCCGGCUGCAGGCAUACCCUGAAGAACUCAUUCGGCAGAGGCCUGGGCAUGAUGGACAUCCUGAAUACCUGAUCCGAUGGAGUGUCCUGAAGUGUGGGGAAGUGGGCAAAGUGGGUGUGGAAGAAGGCAAAGCAGAGCACAUCCUCAUGUGGCUGUCAGCUCCUGAGGUCUACGCCAACUGCCCUGGGCUGUUAGGUGAGCGAGCACUAUCUAAGGGACCUCAGCAUGAACCAGCUGGGGUUUCAGGAAGCUUUCCUCGAGAUCCAGGAGGCCUGGAUGAAGUGGCAAUGGGAGAGAUGGAGGCUGAUGUGCAAGCGCUGGUACGCAGGGCUGCCAGGCAGCUGGCAGAAAGUGGGACCUCAAGCCUCACAGCUGCUGUGCUCCACACCAUCCAUGUGCUCAGUGCCUACGCCAGCAUUGGGCCCCUUACUGGUGUCUUCAGGGAGACAGGAGCCCUGGACCUGCUCAUGCACAUGUUGUGCAAUCCUGAGCCUCAGAUCCGCCGGAGUGCAGGCAAAAUGCUGCAGGCUCUGGCAGCCCACGAUGCUGGGAGUCGGGCUCACGUCCUUCUGUCACUGAGCCAGCAAGAUGGCAUCGAGCAGCACAUGGAUUUUGACAGUCGUUAUACAUUGCUGGAGCUGUUUGCAGAAACCACAUCCUCUGAAGAACACUGCAUGGCCUUUGAGGGCAUUCAUCUGCCUCAGAUCCCAGGAAAGCUGCUCUUUUCCUUGGUGAAGCGUUACCUUUGUGUCACCUCCCUCCUGGAUCAGCUGAAUAACAGUCCAGAGCUGGGAGCUGGAGACCAAAGCUCCCCAUGUGCUACAACAGAGAAAAGCCGGGGACAGCGGGAGCUGGAGUUUAGCAUGGCUGUGGGCAACCUCAUCUCUGAGCUGGUGCGGAGCAUGGGCUGGGCCCGGAACCUCAGCGAACAGGGCGCGUCACCUCCUCGGCCAUCCAGGUCCAUCUUUCAGCCCUACAUUUCAGGCCCCAGCCUUUUACUCCCCACCAUUGUCACCACCCCCAGAAGACAAGGGUGGGUUUUCCGCCAGCGCUCUGAAUUCUCCAGCCGUAGUGGCUAUGGAGAAUAUGUGCAACAGACACUGCAGCCGGGGAUGCGAGUGCGGAUGCUGGAUGAUUAUGAGGAGAUCAGUGCUGGGGACGAGGGCGAGUUCCGGCAGAGCAACAAUGGCAUUCCGCCUGUGCAGGUUUUCUGGCAGUCAACAGGCCGCACUUACUGGGUGCACUGGCACAUGCUGGAGAUUCUGGGCCCUGAGGAAGCCACUGAGGAUAAGGCUUCAGCAGCUGUGGUGAAGGGGGCAGGGGCUACUGUAUUGGGCACAGCAUUUCCCUCCUGGGACUGGAAUCCUAUGGAUGGGCUCUACUCUUUGCCGUACCUCCAGCCCGAACCUCAGAAGAAUGAGAGAGUGGGAUAUCUGACCCAGGCUGAGUGGUGGGAGCUGCUUUUCUUUAUCAAAAAGUUGGACUUGUGUGAGCAGCAGCCAAUUUUCCAGAAUCUUCGGGAGAACCUGGAUGAGACCCUGGGUGAAAAGGCCCUGGGUGAGAUCUCUGUGUCCGUGGAGAUGGCUGAGGGUCUGCUGCAGAUUCUCAGUAGUCGGUUUGAGGGCAGCACCCUCAAUGACCUGCUCAACUCCCAGAUCUACACCAAGUAUGGGCUGCUGCCUAAUGAACCAAGCAGCUUGUCUACUUCACAAAGCCACUCCUGUACCCCAGAUCCAGAAGAGGAGUCCAAGUCAGAGGCCAACUUCUCAGAGGAAGAGACUGAGUCCCCCAAAGCAAAGGCCGAGGUCCCUAAGACAGAGGCCGAGCCCACCAAGACAAGGACUGAGCCCCCCAUGGCACAGAGUGAUUCGCAGCUGUUUAACCAGCUUCUGGUGGCUGAAGGAAUGACCCUGCCUGCUGAGAUGAAGGAGGCAGCCAGUGAAAUGGCCAGAGCCUUGCGGGGUCCCGGUCCUCGCAGCUCCCUGGAUCAGCAUGUGGCAGCGGUUGUGGCCACUGUGCAGAUAUCCAGCUUGGACACAAACCUGCAGCUUUCUGGGCUCUCUGCCCUCUCUCAGGCUGUGGAGGAGGUCACUGAGCGGGACCACCCUCUGGUUCGUCCUGACAGAUUGCUGAGAGAGAAGCUGGUGAAGAUGCUGGUGGAGCUGCUGACCAACCAGGUGGGAGAGAAGAUGGUGGUGGUGCAGGCCCUGCGCCUCCUUUACCUCCUCAUGACCAAGCACGAGUGGCGGCCACUCUUUGCCAGGGAGGGUGGCAUCUAUGCUGUGCUGGUCUGCAUGAAAGAAUAUAAGACUUCUGUCUUGGUACAGCAGGCUGGGCUGGCGGCACUGAAGAUGCUCGCCGUCACCAGCUCCUCGGAGAUCCCCUCUUUUGUUACUGGCCGAGAUUCUACCCACUCUUUGUUUGAUGCUCAGAUGACCAGAGAGAUCUUCGCCAGCAUCGACUCAGCCACACGCCCAGGCUCUGAGAGCCUGCUCCUCACUGUCCCUGCAGCUGUGAUCCUGAUGCUGAACACUGAGGGGUGCUCUUCUGCAGUAAGAAAUGGAUUGCUCCUGCUCAACCUGCUUUUGUGCAACCACCACACUCUGGGAGACCAGAUUAUAACCCGAGAGCUGAGAGACACCUUGUUUAGGCACUCAGGGAUAGCACCGGGGACAGAGCCUAUGCCUACCACACGCACUAUCCUCAUGAUGCUUCUCAAUCGUUACUCAGAGCCACAGGGCAGCCCUGAGCAUGCAGCACUGGAGACCCCCAUCAUCCAGGGUCAGGAUGGAUCCCCUGAGCUACUGAUUCAGUCCCUGGUGGGGGGCCCAUCUGCAGAACUACUCCUGGACUUGGAGCGCAUGCUAUGCCAUGAGGGCAGCCCUGGGGGUGCCGUGAGGCCCCUCCUCAAGCGCCUCCAGCAGGAAACCCAGCCUUUCCUCCUGUUGCUUCGGACUCUGGAUGCUCCGGGGCCCAAUAAGACUCUGCUGCUGUCUGUGCUAAGGGUCAUGACCCGACUGCUGGAUUUCCCUGAGGCAGUGGUCCUCCCUUGGCAUGAGGUCUUGGAGCCCUGCCUCAACUGCCUGAGUGGCUCUAGCAGUGACUGUGAGAUUGUUCAGGAGUUGACCUGCUUCCUACAUCGCCUGGCCUCGAUGCAUAAGGACUAUGCUGUGGUGCUCUGCUGCCUGGGAGCAAAAGAGGUCCUCUCCAAAGUCCUGGACAAGCACUCAGCUCAGCUGCUGCUGGGCUGUGAGCUUCAGGACCUGGUGACAGAGUGUGAGAAGUAUGCACAACUCUAUAGCAACCUCACCUCCAGCAUUCUGGCCGGCUGCAUUCAGAUGGUGCUGGGCCAGAUCGAAGACCACAGACGAACCCACCAACCCAUCAAUAUCCCCUUCUUUGAUGUGUUCCUCAGGCAUCUCUGCCAAGGCUCCAGUGUGGAAGUGAAGGAGGACAAGUGCUGGGAGAAGGUGGAGGUGUCCUCCAACCCGCACCGGGCCAGCAAGCUGACGGACCACAACCCCAAAACCUACUGGGAGUCCAACGGCAGCACCGGCUCCCACCACAUCACCCUGCACAUGCACCAUGGUGUUCUUGUUAGGCAGCUCACUUUGCUGGUGGCCAGUGAGGACUCAAGCUACAUGCCAGCCAGAGUGGUGGUGUUUGGGGGUGACAGCACCAGCUGCAUCAGCACUGAGCUCAACACGGUGAAUGUGAUGCCCUCUGCCAGCCGGGUGGUCCUUCUGGAGAACCUGAACCGUUUCUGGCCCAUCAUCCAGAUCCGCAUAAAGCGCUGCCAGCAGGGUGGCAUUGACACCCGGGUUCGGGGUGUGGAGGUCCUGGGUCCUAAGCCCACAUUCUGGCCACUGUUCCGGGAGCAGCUGUGUCGCCGAACAUGUCUCUUUUACACAAUUCGGGCACAAGCCUGGAGCCAGGACAUAGCAGAGGACCGCCGCCGCCUCCUCCAGCUCUGUCCCAGACUGAACAGGGUUUUGCGCCAUGAGCAGAAUUUUGCUGACCGCUUCCUCCCUGACGAUGAGGCCGCCCAAGCACUGGGCAAGACCUGCUGGGAGGCCCUGGUCAGCCCCCUGGUGCAGAACAUCACCUCUCCUGAUGCAGAAGGUGUGAGUGCCCUGGGGUGGCUGCUGGAUCAGUACUUAGAACAGAGAGAGAGCUCGCGGAACCCCCUGAGUAGAGCAGCGUCCUUUGCUUCUCGCGUCCGUCGGCUUUGCCACUUGCUGGUGCAUGUGGAGCCUCCUCCGGGGCUUCCUCCUGAGCCAUCUGCUCGGCCCUUCAGCAAGAACAGUAAGGGUCGGGAGCGGAGCCCGGCGCCAUUACCAGUGCUUCCCAGCAGCAGCCUGAGGAACAUAACCCAGUGCUGGCUGAGCGUGGUGCAGGAGCAGGUCGGCAGAUUUCUGGCUGCAGCCUGGAGGGCCCCAGACUUUGUGCCUCGUUACUGUAAACUCUAUGAGCACUUGCAGAGAGCAGGCUCAGAGCUGUUUGGGCCUCGGGCAGCCUUCACGCUAGCUCUGCACAGCGGCUUCUCUGGCGCCUUGCUGCAGCAGUCCUUCCUCACUGCUGCUCACAUGAGUGAGCAGUUUGCCAGGUACAUUGACCAACAGAUCCAGGGUGGCCUGAUUGGUGGAGCCCCUGGAGUGGAAAUGCUGGGGCAGCUUCAGCGGCACCUAGAACCCAUCAUGGUCCUUUCUGGUCUGGAACUGGCCACAACUUUUGAGCACUUCUAUCAGCAUUACAUGGCGGACCGUCUCCUGAGCUUUGGCUCAAGCUGGCUGGAGGAGGCUGUGCUAGAGCAGAUUGGCCUCUGUUUUCCCAACCGCCUCCCCCAGCUGAUGCUGCGGAGCCUGAGCACCUCUGAGGAGCUGCAGCUCCAGUUCCACCUCUUCCAGCUCCAGCGGCUCGACAAGUUGUUCUUGGAGCAGGAAGACAAGGAGGAAAAGGGACUGGAGGAAGAGGAGGAGGAAGAGGAGGAAGAAGAAGCUGAGAAAGAACUGUUUAUCGAAGAUCCAAGUCCAGCCAUUUCUGUACUGGUCCUGUCACCACGCUGCUGGCCGGUCUCCCCACUCUGCUACCUGUACCAUCCCAGAAAGUGCCUUCCCACAGAAUUCUGUGAUGCCCUUGACCGUUUCUCCAGUUUCUACAGCCAGAGUCAGAACCAUCCAGUCCUGGACAUGGGACCGCAUCGGCGGCUGCAGUGGACGUGGCUGGGCCGGGCUGAGCUGCAGUUUGGGAACCAGACUCUGCAUGUGUCCACCGUGCAGAUGUGGCUGCUGCUGAAUUUCAAUCAGAAAGAGGAGGUGUCAGUAGAGACCUUGCUGAAGGAUUCCAACCUCUCCCCAGAGCUGCUGCUCCAGGCACUUGUGCCCCUCACCUCGGGGAAUGGCCCUUUGACCCUGCAUGAGGGCCAGGACUUUCCACACAGGGGUGUGCUUCGGCUUCAUGAGCCUGGUCCCCAGCGCAGUGGAGAGGCCCUGUGGCUGAUACCUCCCCAGGCGUACCUGAACGUAGCAAAGGAUGAGGGCCGAACCCUGGAACAAAAGAGGAAUCUCUUGAGCUGUCUUCUUGUUCGUAUUCUCAAAGCCCACGGGGAAAAGGGCCUCCACAUUGAUCAGCUGGUUUGUCUGGUGCUGGAGGCCUGGCAGAAGGGUCCAAAUCCUCCUGGAAGCCUGGGCCACGCUGUUGCUGGAGGUGUGGCCUGUACCAGUACAGAUGUCCUCUCUUGCAUCCUGCACCUCUUGGGACAGGGCUACGUGAAACGGCGUGAUGACCGGCCCCAGAUCCUGAUGUAUGCCGCUCCAGAACCCAUGGGGCCCUGCUGGGGUCAGGCGGAUGUCCCUUUCUGUGGCAGCCAGAGCAAGACCUCCAAGCCUAGCCCAGAAGCUGUGGCUACCCUGGCAUCUCUACAGUUGCCUGCAGGCCGCACCAUGAGCCCCCAGGAAGUGGAAGGCUUGAUGGAGCAGACAGUGCGUCAGGUGCAGGAGACACUGAACUUAGAGCCAGAUGUCGCUCAGCACCUUCUGGCUCAUUCCCACUGGGGCACCGAACAGCUGCUGCAGAACUACAGUGAGGACCCUGAGCCACUGCUGCUGGCUGCUGGGCUGUCUGUACCCCAGGCCCAGGCUGCACCUGCACGACCAGACCACUGCCCCGUCUGUGUGAGCCCCCUGGGGUGUGAUGACGACUUGCCCUCUCUCUGCUGUAUGCACUACUGCUGUAAGUCUUGCUGGAACGAGUACCUGACAACUCGGAUCGAGCAGAACCUUGUGUUGAAUUGUACCUGCCCCAUUGCCGACUGCCCCGCCCAGCCCACCGGAGCCUUCAUUCGUGCCAUUGUCUCCUCACCAGAGGUCAUCUCUAAGUAUGAGAAGGCACUCCUGCGUGGCUAUGUGGAGAGCUGCUCCAACCUGACAUGGUGCACCAACCCCCAGGGCUGUGACCGAAUCCUGUGCCGCCAGGGCCUGGGCUGUGGGACCACCUGCUCCAAGUGUGGCUGGGCCUCUUGCUUCAACUGUAGCUUCCCAGAGGCACACUACCCUGCCAGCUGUGGCCACAUGUCUCAGUGGGUCGAUGACGGCGGCUACUACGAUGGCAUGAGUGUGGAGGCGCAGAGCAAGCACCUGGCCAAGCUCAUCUCUAAGCGCUGUCCCAGCUGCCAGGCUCCCAUCGAGAAGAACGAGGGGUGCCUGCACAUGACCUGCGCCAAAUGUAACCAUGGAUUCUGCUGGCGCUGCCUCAAGUCCUGGAAGCCAAAUCACAAAGACUAUUACAACUGCUCUGCCAUGGUAAGCAAGGCAGCUCGCCAAGAGAAGCGGUUUCAGGACUAUAACGAGAGGUGCACUUUCCAUCACCAGGCACGGGAGUUUGCUGUGAACUUGCGGAACCGGGUGUCUGCCAUCCAUGAAGUGCCCCCGCCCAGAUCAUUCACCUUCCUCAAUGAUGCCUGCCAGGGACUGGAGCAGGCUCGGAAGGUGCUGGCCUAUGCCUGCGUGUACAGCUUCUACAACCAGGACGCGGAGUACAUGGACGUGGUGGAGCAGCAGACAGAGAACCUGGAACUGCACACCAAUGCCCUGCAGAUCCUCCUGGAGGAGACCCUGCUGCGGUGCAGAGACCUGGCCUCCUCCCUGCGUCUCCUUCGGGCCGACUGCCUCAGCACAGGCAUGGAGCUGCUCCGGCGGAUCCAGGAGAGGCUGCUUGCCAUUCUGCAGCAUUCCACCCAGGAUUUCCGGGUUGGUCUCCAGAGUCCAUCAGUAGAGGCCUGGGAGGCAAAAGGACCCAACGUGCCCGGCAGUCAGCCCCAGGCCUCCUCAGGGCCAGAGCUGGAGGAGGAGGAGGAGGAGGAGGAAGAUGAUGAGGAUGAUGUGCCCGAGUGGCAGCAGGAUGAGUUUGAUGAGGAGCUGGACAAUGACAGCUUCUCCUACAAUGAGUCUGAGAACCUGGACCAAGAGACUUUCUUCUUUGGUGAUGAGGAGGAGGAUGAAGAUGAGGCCUAUGACUGAGGGGGCAGAUGCAGGAAACACCUAGAGCCGCCUGGAGCUGAGGGGGCGGGAGCUGCGCCUGUCGUGGGGAGGAGAAUUCCCAGCGUCUGCAGUGCCUCCUUCUGUUGACUGAAUAAAGCUAAGUUCUCUUUCUCA